AUGCCGAUGGUCGCUGAACAACCACGGCAACUGUCAAUUUCCUUCGAUGAGCGAACCCUCUCCGACCGACUUCGGCACCGCGAUUCACGCCCGCUCGACCACCGCUUUGCUAUUGAAGAGGAGGAUGAGAGUACUGGCACCGCAAGCGAGCCCGCCGAGCCUCUUACACCCACCAGCCAUACCAGCGAGGGCACGCCCUUUUCACAUCCUUUCCGUGACGAUGACUCCGUAGACGACGUAUUCGCAACCCCACGCCCUGUCACGAGCGAUAUGCCCAACAAGUCACCGCUGCAAGAGGCGCCGCAAGAUAUCGAGAGCCAACAAGAUGUCCAGCCGCCUCAGCAGGCCGAGCGCCAGUCACCACCGGAGAAGCGCGGUCUGGGAAAGCGCGUGGGCUCGCUGAUCCGCGGCAAACUGCACAGAGGACAUUCGAGCAAAGAUGGAACCAAUCAGUCCGACACUUCCAACAUCUCGACGCCGAACAGAUCGCCCAAAGCAAAGGCCGAGACCAACACAUAUAUUGUCAAGACUGGUGUAGAUGGGCCCGCUGAGGUAGCAACUCCGGCAGUCGACAUCCCCAAGCAAAGCAGAAGACUGAGCUCCUUCUCCCUGACGCGACGCUCUGACAAAUCCUCCCGCGCAAACUCUCCACCCCUGUCUGGAUCGCCUAUGAGCAGGCUAUCGACGGACAGACGACCAGGAAUUGGCACCAAACCCGCUUCUUCCACGGGCCUGGCAAGCAUGAGCCGACCGCGGCCUGGUAUCACCUGGGCGGGUAGUGGAAACGUUAGCUCUACUAAGAAAGUCGGCUUUUCACGCCGACGGUCCGCAAGCACAGAGCAGGUCCCACGCAUCAACGAGAGUGCAGAGAAGCCUACCGCUGGCAUGUUGGCUACCUUUUCCAAGCCAGCUGUCCAAGGUGUGGGUAUGAAGGCACGGCGACUUAGUGUGAACCUACCGGACGACUUCAUCAUCGACUGGUGUGAGCUAGAUAAGGAGUUCAAGAGUUCGAGUUUGAUGCCUGGUAAGAGAGGAAAGAUUCUAGGUAAAGGCGCAACAUCUGAAGUCCGGAUCAUGGCGCGAAGAGGAGGCAUCACACGAGAAGAAGACCUGGUAGCUGUCAAAGAAUUUAGAGAACGCGACAAGGACGAGACUGAGGAGGACUACGUACUGAAGAUCAAGUCCGAGUACAGCAUUGCGAAGAGCCUGCAUCAUCCGAACAUUGUCGAAACAGUACGGUUGUGUACGAACCGCGGCCGCUGGAACCACGUCAUGGAGUUUUGUACAUAUGGAGAGAUCUAUUCGUUAGUAGAACGGAAGUUGUUCGCUGGCGGCGCGGAAGGGUUUUACAGUCGGGAUGAUCGGUUGUGCUUCUUCAAACAAUUACUGCGCGGCGUGAGCUACUUGCAUAGCCAUGGCAUCGCUCAUCGAGACAUCAAGCUGGAGAACUUGCUCCUCAGCAAAGACGGUCAUCUCAAGAUCUCGGACUUUGGCGUAGCGGAAGUGUUCACUGGCGAGCAUCCUGGACUUCGCGCGUCUGGCGGCGAGUGUGGAAAGAACAUGGGCGAGAUUCGGUUAUCCGAGCCUGGAAUUUGCGGCAGUCUUCCCUACAUCGCUCCGGAAGUUCUUGCAAAGGAUCACAGCUACGACCCACGUCCGCUGGAUAUCUGGUCCACCGCCAUCGUCUACCUAACUAUGACCUUUGGCGGCUGCCCGUGGCAAGCUGCGAAGCCCGAAUUCGAGUACUACGCCAGGUUUAAGAAGGGUUGGGAUUCUUGGCUGGAACGCCAUCCCGACGGUGACAUCUUUGAUGGUGUCGAUGGCCACCCUAAGUGUGGCAAGCUGUUCAGUCUCAUCGAGCCCCCGUCCAUCAAACGCCUCAUGCUAAAGAUGCUUCAUCCUAUACCCUCGAAACGCAUAACCAUCGGCGAGGUUCUAAAAACAAGCUGCAUCAAGAACAUUGGCUGCUGCUGUCCAGAGACGUACGACGACCCCAAAAUCAUGUUCGACGCUUCCAAGUCCUCGAGUGCUAGGACUGCCGCCCCAAAGAAGUUUUUGCAUCAUCACAUUCCGCCCAAGCCGGAGAACAAGGUUGGGAAGGCAUUCACACAUAGGUUCGAUAUGGGCGAACGAUAA